AACAGUGCUGUGAACACUCAGAAAGGUGAAAAAAAAAUAAGGUAUUAUUUUUGGCUGAAAGUCUUUAUGGCUGAUGCAGGAACUCUCUCACUAGUUACUCAUUGCCUCAGCAAGUCUCAUAAAACAGCCAGCAGAGCCCAGCAAAUACUUCAGUGUUGUGGAAGCUCAGAAAUCCAGGAAUUGAACGAGGCCUUGAACCCAUUUUAUGGACUCACUUCUAACUGAACAACCAUAAAAUAUUAAAAUUCUGACCCUAUAAAUAAGGAGGGGAAAGAACUGUGUAUUUCUCAGCAGAAGCAGCCUCUCCAGAGACUCUUCCCAAGAAUGGCGCAAAGCCGUAGCCUCGCCGUCCCCUGCCGAGCGCCCGUCCUUGCUCUUUCCUUCUUGGCAUGUGUGGCCACAGGUUUGGAACUGUCUGUAAACAACCAUGCUGCUGACUUCACCCUGUCUACAGAGCCUGGUCCUCCCAUCUCCCUCUCGUGCCUCGUUCACAACAGCAGCCAGGCUGAGGAGCUGCUCUGGUACCGUGGAGAUGGGCAAGUGGGGCUGAAAGAGGGGAAUAAAGUGAACAUCAGCAACAUCUGCAUAUCCCCAGUCAAUGAGUCUGACAACGGAGUCACCUUCACAUGCAGGCUGGCACGGGACAAGUCUGUGCAGGUGUCUGUGAUCCUGGAUGUCCAGUUUCCUCCCCAGCUGAGUGGAGAGGAGACCCUCCAUGUGGAAGAAGAAAAAGAUGUUACUCUGACCUGCAACUCCAAAUCCAACCCUCAAGCCCAAAGCACCUGGCUGAAGGACAACCAAAGCUUGACCCUGCAGCAAAGUCACCAUGAGAUAUACCAGACCAGUGAGAUCUUUCGGCUCUCCAUCAAAAAAGUGCAGAAGUCUGACAAUGGGACCUACACCUGCGUGGUGGAGUCACCCCUGGGACUUGGGACAAGGGAUUUCUACCUCAUAGUUGAAGAAAAAAAACCUGUUUUUCCCACGGAAGCUGUUAUUGCUGCUGCAGUGGUGGUUUCACUCACAAUACUUUUUGGAAUUGUGGCUCGAAAAGACAAAUUGUUUAAGUGCUUCAAGAAACCUUCAAGAGAAAUAGCUCUGAAUUGAUUUUUUGCUUCUUCCGUUCAUUUUGCUGCUGGUGAAGAACACCCAGAAAACAUUUCUAGUGGUCAACCAAAGCCAUAGUGUGAGAUGAUGAGAUAAAGCACUGAAACAGCUUUUUGGGAUUAAGUUUAUAAGUUUUUUCAAAAUAUAAGUGUUUCUUUGCAUCUGUUGAUUCUAACCUGCUGCUUAGAGGGUCAGAACUGUUAGAACUAGUCACUGGAAAACCUUUGUUUGGAGCAGCAUUGAGGCAGGUGGGCUGCAUGAGAUGAUGCCAGCUCUUGCCCUCCAUGCUUAUUCCAACAUGGAAUGCAUAUGCAGUCAGGCAUGUGGGUUGUGGAUCAGUCUGCAGAGGAAUCUCUACUGGAUUGUGAUUCUGAUGCACACAAAUAAAGCAAGAUGUUGGGCUGGCAGCUGCUUUCUGUCCUGCAGUGCCAUUCCACAGGGUGCUGGGGUGGUGGCCACAAAACUCCCUGUCCCUUCCCAAUGAUCCUGUGGGCAUCUCAGCUUCUCUUGCCAGGGCAAAAGCUGCCUGGCACUCAGCACUGCUGCUGCACCUCCUGUCUCCAUGGCUGAGACAGACCCCAGGGCUUGGGGCAGCCCCAAGGCUCGAUGACACACAGUGAAGUUCCAGUGAUUGCUCCAGCACCACAAUGGGUGGAAAUCCAUCUAUCCCUUCCCCCAACAAAUGUGCCACUCAAACGCUUUUCUCAAGGCUGUUGAGGCCUCAUCAUGCCUUGGAAUAGUCCAUUACUAAUACUGCCAAUAAACUGCGUGCUGUAAAUCAAUUUGAGAUGGUGAUGCACCAGCGUUUUUCUCAGAGGAGCGGGCAAUUCUUCAAGAGGAAGAUUGUGCAGCCUGAUCUGGAGCGUGAUCCAGAGCAUGUCCUUGACUCACCAGCGCUCAGGGAGGUCUCUCAAGCUGCCACAGCGGUGCCACCUCAUGUUCCUGGGCACUCAGCCUCAACAUCACCAUUCCAAACCCUCCUGCUCAUCUGCCACAGCGCAGGGGGUGACACUGUGCGGACAGAGCCGGGGACAGCGGGGUCGGGGUG